GGUUUAAGGGGAAACCCUCCCCAAGAGCGCUCCCCCAAAAUUUCCGCCAUCGGCCAUGGAAGAGGAGGAGGCGUUGAGGGUUCGCGUGGUCUUCGACGAUCGCAAGCUCCUUACAAAGCCUCAGAGAUCGGAGGGUCUGAAGCGGUGCUGGCUUCUCUUGAGGAGGCCAUCGAUCUCCACCAUCUCCGACCUCGCCUCUUAUAUCCUCACGAGCUUCAAUCUCAAGCUCUCCUGCCCCCAUGGCCUCCUCCUCUCUAUGGAUGAUUUUGUUUUACCACCUUUUGAAUCAACAUCUAUUUUGAAAGACAAGGACAUCAUCAGGGUCAGAAAGAAGGAUGCUAUAGUGAUAGAUGUGAUAGAGCUUGGUGAUUAUUCAUGUCAAAUGCAGUGUUCCGGAGUUCUGGAGAAGCAAAAUACAGUUUCUAGUGAUAAACUUCUGCCAAUAAGAGAAUUUGGAGAGGAUUCAGGUUGCGAGACAAAAAAUGAUAAGGAAUUAUGCACACACAAUGAGAAUGCUAUCCACACGGGAACAAAAUCAAAGAGAAAAAUUAAACAUCCAGAUGGAAUUGAGGGCUCCAACAGCAGCUUACGUGCUUGUAUUUUAUACAAUAUGAUAAAUGGUAACCCUCAUUUCAUCUCCAAGGAGCCAAACACAAUUGGUGACGUGGAGGAAGAUACUGCUGGCAGAAAUGAAGAUAUCCAUUUAGGGAAGACCUUAGAGUCCUCUAAAAGAGGCAGCUCACGGAGAGGUUCACAUAAGAAAGCUGAGAUGCCCUCUCGAAAUGGAAAUAUUGUUUCUCAGCUAAAAGAUAAUGUUGCACAGGGGACAAGUUCUGAUCAAAGGGAAAAGAGGAGGAAAAAAUCAAGGUUGACCAGCACUGAAAAAUCAAUCCGUACUGCUGAAGGAGCGGAAAACAUUUCUAGAGAGCAGAAGCAGAGCAAUAGUCAGAAGGAAGUCAAUGUUGCAAGAGAUCUACAUAUGAAGAAUAAACAAUCUGGUGAAGAUGGAACCCACAAUGCAGAAGUUGCUUCCCAACCUAGUGAUAAUGUUAAUAAAAAUCAUAGUUCCAUGCUAAUGGAAGAAAGUGGAGGAAGUGCAUGUGAACUGCAUGAUAAUGUAACAAAGGAAAAACAUCUGUAUCAGAUCCAGUCCAGAAGUGCUCGUCGUAAAAAAGCUAAAAGAAAAUGGUUGCGGGAAUUAAAGUCUCAAGAUGAUCAGAAUAAGGAAAUGCGGGUUUCACCUAAUGUUAUUCACAGAGAAUCACCUGAGCAGCAAGAGAUAGCUCAGGCCACUGAACUAGAGAAAGAAAUUGUUCCUGUUGUAAUUCGUCCUGGUCAUAUUCGUUUUCAGCCUUUAGAUGAAGAAUGUAGCCAAGGGCAAUCACAGGAAACUAUGGAAACUUUUCAAUGGAAUGGAACAACUAGCAAGAAGAAGGGGCAAAAGUGGGGUAGGGAGAAGACGAUGGGAAACUGGAACAAUGCUGAUGGUUAUAACGAGCCUAAUGAAAAGAAUAUUGGGAGCAAACGGAAUGAUGCUAAUGAUUAUAAGGGACAAGAAUUGGCUGGGGAAAAGACCGUGAGCAAAUGGAAUGAUACUAAUGGUUAUAAUGGAGAGACAUGUGAUAGGGAUAAGACCAUGACUGAAUUGAAGGAUUCAAAGGGUUAUAAAGAACAGUCUAACAGAAUGGAGAAGACUGCAAACAAAUUGUAUGAUGCCAAUGGUUAUACAGAACAAUAUAGUGCAAAGGGUAGCAAAUGGAAGGAUGCUAAUGGUGAACACUCUGAUGGGAGGGGUUUAUCUGAAAAAGGGCAGAGAGGAAGCAGCCAAAUAGAUUUUGAAAGCCUUCUGCCUUUAGCACGCAUUCCUCAGGUAGGUGAUGUGCUUGCAUAUCGUUUAAUUGAGCUAUCUUCUUCAUGGUGUCCUGAGGUUUCUUCUUAUCGAGUAGGACAAGUUACAUCAUACGAUCACGUAUCUAUGAGCGUAACUCUGGUCCCUGUACCUGAAUUCCCUAUUAUCUCAGAGGAGAAUACAGAACAAAGGGAUUCCAUGGUUCAGGAGAACUCACUUUACAAUGAAGAUGGCUCUUUACAGAUUCACUUUCAGUCACUGGUUGAUGUGCGUUUACUCAAAGCCAGCAUUCAGGAAGAAACAACACCACAUAAUUCUAGAAGAGAAGUGAGCACCAAUGAAUUAGCAGCUCCUCUUAUGAACAACUCGGAGCUAGAUGACACCAAUGCUGAAGAGACCGUUGCCCAAGCCAUAGAGAAGGGAAAUGCGAAUGAGUCAGUUUGGGACCAAAUCAAACAGGCCCUUGAGGAGAAAAGGGCACAGCUGCAGAAGAAGGAUGGCUGUGAUGAAGGGACCCCAAAUAAGAGCAAUGCAGGUACUUCAGGGUUGUACAAAGCAUUGAGGAGGAGUGCUGUGGGGCCCACACUCGCCUAUCUAAGAGGGAGGAAAGACGAGGAUACCGAUAAAAAGUGAGGUGCUCGCUGUACUUCUCUCACGCGAAAGGUUACGAAAAAAAUUUCACAGCCCCAACUCUUAACAUUUUUGCACUGUAAGUGUGUUAAUGUCGUGAAAAAUACGUUGUAGAUAUGCAUGUCUGUACUUUUAAGGUGAAUAUGGUGGUGAUGUUUGAAUUUGUUCGGGAACUCUACGAGUUUAGUGGAAGCUCAGUUCAAUGGGUUAAUCUAUCGAGGUUCUCUAAUCUGUGACGCGAGCUUACUUAGUGAAAUGCCGUAAUGUACUAUAGCGUCUUACCUGUGACCGGAGCUAGAACAUAGUCAAAUGUCAAGGGAUCCAUAUUAAAAAGGCACUGUGUGUUUAGAUAUGACACCCUUAAGAUUUUUUUUUUUUUGAAAUAAACAUGUUCAUUAUGA